CACACACACACACACACACACACACACACAAACUCACAGCCAGACUGCAAAUCAGCCAAUGAAACGUUAACUGAGAGUGAGAUUAGUGGAUUAACAGGUACCAAAGUAGCUUGUGCAAGAAGAGAACAGUAUAGUAGCCACAGGGACAGUCAGCUAAUCUAAAAGGCAGACAGAACACACACAGCACUCACCUCUGUGCAGACCAAGAGAGAAGCCUAACGAAGCUAUUGGGAAAACCGAACCACAUCUCCAAUAAUGCUCUAUUGAUCCCACCAUGUGAGCUCCCUUUUCACGGUAUGGACCCCGGGGUCUGAGGGCAUCAUGCUGGAUACACAGGCUCAGUGGUCCAAGGCGUUAGCCGACAACAACAUAAGAGCCAUUAUCCGCUGGCUGCAGAAGCUUUCAGCUAAAGGUAAAGCUGAUGUGGAGGAAAUCCUGCUGACGUUCAGCUGCUGGGUCCAAAGGACAUCAGAGUUUGCUAAAAAUGAGUUGUUAACACUAUGUUUGAGCAGCUGCCAGGGCCUGUGGAUGUUUCUAGACCACAGUGCUUUCACCAGGGUGCACAUGCUGCUCCAGAGACUGAGGAACUUGCUUACCCUGGCCCAGUGGCCCAUGGUACCCAUUUCAGAACGCAUACAGCUGGAACAGCUUGAUAUCUGCAACUGCGAUUGUUUAGGCGUCCCAUGUGUGGUCUGCAGGGACACAUUCUGCUCUUCAGACGUCAGACGUGGCUGCUGGAACCGAGAGCACAGGGCCCUAAAGCAACACAUCUUUCUGGGACGGCUGGUUCAGUGGUGGGGCAUCAUGGGACUUUUACCCAAGAAACCUGAGGCUCACGAGGUGAAACGCAUCUCUCAGAUGUGGAAGGAAAUGGAUCACAGCCAUUGGAACGCUUGUCUCAAGAUUCCUAGAUGGGAGAAAGGAGAAAUGGAAAGAUUUAGGUCUGUGAUACAGGGUAUGGUGACUCAGCUGAACAGACAACAUGGGUGCAUUUGGACUUCUGAAGACUGCACAGACCACUGCUAUCCUCCUCCUAAUCUACAGGCCUUGCUGAUGCUUGUGCUGGUGCCUCGUAUCGACAACAUGUCAAUCCAAGCACUCUUCAUGUACUUUGUUCUGGAUUUGGCAAACACCCUGCAGUGCAAGGACGACCUCCUUAAAUCUUUCUGCCACGCUUUCACCAUUCCUUCCAGCUUUUCCCAACAAAUCAGGGCCUUUUGGAUGCUUGAUCAUGGACACAUCAAGGCCUCAGUGGAGUUAUUGCUGAGCCCCAGGGCUGCGGCUCCUUGUCUCUCCUGGCAGCAUCGUUGCAUCAUCCACUGUCUGUUAAUGAGGAAGCAGCCUCAGUUGGCGUUAAGGUACCUCCACUGGACCAGACCUUCAAUAGAGAACGCUGAAGAUGCUAAGCUCUGUGCAGAUGUGCUACUUCUAAACAGUUAUGUUUCUGAAGCCUGGGCUCUGCUGAAGAAAUGCCACACAGAAAGUGACAACAUGGUCAUGUACCUCCUCCAGGCUUGUAAUAGACUUGGUCUAUGUGCAAAGACUUUGACGUGCAUCCCUGCGGAAUGCAAUGGUGACGGGAGCACUGUAAAUGGAACUACAGUGUCACAGCUGCCACUGAUGAACAAAGAAAGACCACCCUGCCCGCUGUCUGCCAAACUGUAUCAGGCCCAGAGAAUCAACACAGUGUCCCCGGAGGAAUUGGUCCAACUAGUCAGAGAGGCUGUGAUGGAAGUAAGAAAGCCACAUCCCAAGAUAAGUGAGGUGGUGUGGCUGGAGCACACAGAGAGAAAAUCGAAAAGCAGAGAGAUGUUUCUGUCAACGCAGGCUCUCCGUCACCUCACGCCCAGCCCCUCCCCAAUGGACAUGGUAGAAGAAACUAAACAAACAGCACAUACAGAUGAACUAGAAGAGGAACAGCCUCAACCUGAGUCACCAAAGCACAUUUCUUCUUCUGAGGAUCUGAGUUCUGAGUCUGUCUCCUGCUUCACCUCAGCCUCGUCCUUGCCUCUGUUGAGACGGGACCGUCCUUAUGUGUACAAAAGCACCUUGACUCUGCAGAGGAUCUCAUCUUUUCUCAGUGAUGGAGAGAACCAAAGCAGGGAAGAAGAAGAAGAAGAAGAAGAAGAAGAGAGUAGAACCCCUUCAUCAGUUGCCGGUGACGCCUUCCCAGAUUGCCUUGAGAGGACAAUGACACUAGAUGGCGGCACAGACCACUUUUUUCUGGGCAACUUGAACAACGACGUUUUGGUAGAGCUGGUGCUUUCUUCAGAGGAGGGGGAAGAGGGUGUUCAGACAGAUGUUUUAUCAAACGAGGAUCUUUUCAGUGAUGCUGCUACAAGAAUUUCCAUGGAUGAAACCCUUCCUGUAAACAACAACAGCUGCAGGUUGUUUCUUCCCCCUCAGUUCUACAGUAAUGAGGUCAGCCAACCAGUGCCCUCCCUAUGUGAGCCCCAGGUGGAGUGUCACAGCUUCAUCUCACCUGACUACGGUGUCAGAGAAAAUAUCUUGCUGUAAAGGAGAAGAAAUCCUUCAUGGUCCCCCAGAUGUUACAGAUUUGUGGAGCUCUGCAUUACCACUCAGCCACGAAGAACAAUCAAAUGGCAUCCCUUCACAGAUU